AGUUCCAGGGUCUUGAUUCCUGCCAUGUGCAUGCAAAGCAGGAAGGAGAGCUCGAAAAGUUUUGGGGAAAACGCUUGAGGGCUGCUGGACGUUUUUGUUUUUUUGUUUUCUCCCGCGGAGCCGCAGCAGAAGGCAAAGUUGGAAGAAAGCUUUCCGUGUCUCGGGAGGGAGGCUUUGCCUUGAGUCUCCAGCAGUCUGCUUAAUGCCUUCAUCCUAUCUUCAUUACUUCUUCCAGACACUCCGGAGAGAAUGGGGGCAGGCGCAUUAGCCAUCUGUCAAAGCAAAUCCGCUGUCAGGCUGAAAGAAGACAUGAAGAAGAUUGCGGCAGCCCCGCUGAGUGGCCAGAGGGGAGCUGCCUGCCAGAAGGUGUUUGGCGUAAGCCUGCAUGAACUUCAGCAGCAAGGACUGAGCAAGAACGGAGUCCCGGCCGUCGUGUGGGAGAUUGUUGAAUACCUGACUUGGCAUGGGCUGAAACAGGAAGGUCUUUUCAGGGUGAACGGCAACCUGAAAACCAUGGAGCGGCUUCGAGGGAAGUACGAGAGCGGAAAGGAAGUGAAGCUGCCUGUGGAAGGCGAUGUCAGCUCAGCGGCCAGUUUGCUGAAAUUGUUUUUGAGGGAGCUGCCUGAUCGGGUGAUCACUUCUGCAGCACAUCCCAAAUUCAUACACCUGUAUCAAGACAUCCAGAAUUGUAGCCCAAAUGUGAACACUUUGAGAGAACUCCUGAGGCAGCUGCCUGAGCCCCACUAUUCCCUGCUUAAGUUCCUCUGCCGAUUCCUGAGGAGAGUUGCUGAUCAUCACUCAGAGAACAAGAUGACUGUUUCCAACCUCGCCACAGUAUUCGGACCAAACUGUUUCCACGUGUCUUCUGGAUUUGAAGGGAUGAAGGAGCAGGAAAUCUGCAACAAAAUCAUGGCCCAGAUGCUGGAGAACUACACCACCUUGUUUGAAUGGGAACACCCGCGAAAGGAGAAUGAAAAGCGCCCAUGUGAAGAUCUGGCAAAAAUUAUACUAGUGAAAGAGGCUGCCUGCAAGCAGACACCGUCACUCAUUCGGACAAGUGUUGACAGAGAACUGCCAAAGCUGAGUCCAAGGCACAAGGUUGCAAAGUGCAAGCAAGAAGGAUCUUCUCCAGCAUGCUUGGUGCCGCAGCCAAGACUGUCAGAUGGAAUUCCCUGCGUUAGGGUCCAUUUAACGGACAGUUUGCGCUCGGAGGAGAUGGAUUUAGCUGACGAAAUCUCCUUUAUAAGCAGUGCUGCAUUCUUCACCAGCUCUCGAGAGGAUGAAAGGCCCAUGUCACCGUUCUACCUAAGUGGUCACGUGUCGCAAGUCAGCAGCAGCACCAGCAACAGCAGCCUCCCUCCUACUGGAGAAUACUUAGAAAAGACAAUCCGGUCAGCAGUCGAGCAACAUCUUUUUGACGUUCAUGGAUCCGGCGGUCAAAGCUCUGAAGAAUCCGAGUCGGGAACAUCAUCCACAUCGUCAAACGUGUCUGCCCGGCAGCGACGGAGGCAUCAUAAAGAACAGGAUGAAGCCCGAAGGAACAGAGAUAUGGAGGUGAUCAAUAAGGAGAAUAUUCCUUCUGGAUUUGGCAGCAUUGAAGAGUGUAUGCUGACUGCUCAAGAAGUAGAGAAACUGCAAGAGGCCAGCUCCGGAUAUAUCGGAGAAAGGAGUAAACCAAAGCGACAGAAAUCCAGCACCAAACUUUCUGAGCUUAAUGACAACCAGGACAGUCCUCUGGCAAUGGAAACUUUUGGUUCCUUGAGACCAGCGGACAAAACAGGACCAGAUGACAUGGAAGUGUUUUCUGAAGACAGCAAAGACAAUGAAAGUGACAGCGACUUGUUAAGGCAUCCUCAGAAUUCAGGCAUGAAGAUCCAGGAGCAUCCCAGCAUUCCUGAAGCCAAAUUACAGAGGAACCAAGAUGCCGAUGGCCAAGAAGAGAGCUUUGUAUCCGAAGUGCCUCGACUGGACCUGACAGCCUUGUGCAGUGACAACAACAACUGGGAAGAGCCCGUCCCUGCCUUCUCCUCCUGGCAACGUGAUGGCUUAGAUUCCAACGAAGCUCGCCUCUCUCCUCAGGCUGGCCGCCUCAUUCGCCAGCUGCUGGAUGAAGACAGCGACCCAAUGCUAUCCCCUCGUUUCUAUGCCUACGGGCAAAGUCAGCUGUACCUGGAUGACACAGAAGUACCUCCUUCUCCUCCCAACUCACAUUCAUUCAUGAGGAGAAGAAGUUCUUCUUUGGGGUCUUACGAAGAUGACCGAGAAGAUCUGACACCAGCGCAGCUGACCCGCAGGAUUCAAGGACUGAAGAAAAAGAUCAGGAGGUUCGAAGACAAAUUUGAAGAGGAGAGGAAAUACAGACCAUCACACAGUGACAAAGCAGCCAACCUGGAGGUGCUGAAGUGGACAAAUGACCUUGCAAAGUUUCGGAAGCAGCUGAAAGAGUCAAAGCUGAAGAUGUCAGAGGAAGACCUGGCUCCUGUGAUGCGUCAACGUAGCAAUACACUCCCCAAAAGUUUUGGUUCCCAGCUAGAAAAGGAGGAAGAGAAGAAGCAGGAUGUGUCUGAUAAAUUGGCUAAGCCAGCAGUGGAGGCAACCCUGGACACCAUCCAGAAGAAGCUCCAAGAGAAAAGGACCGAGGCAAACCGCCCCGAAGACAUUAAGGAUAUGACCAGAGAUCAGAUAGCAGCAGAGAAGGUGGCUCUCCAAAAAGCCCUUUUGUAUUACGAGAGCAUCCACGGAAGACCAGUAACGAAACACGAGCGGCAGAUGAUGAAGCCCCUGUAUGACAGAUACCGCUUAGUCAAGCAGAUCCUCUCGAGAGCCAACAGCAUCCCUAUCAUCGGUUCCCCCUCCAGCAAGCGGAGAAGCCCUUUGCUGCAGCCAAUUAUCGAGGGUGAAACUGCUUCCUUCUUCAAGGAGAUAAAGGAGGAAGACGACGGUUCUGAAGAAGACAGCAACACGAAACCAGAUUUCACGGUCACCAUAAAGCCGGACUUCAACGUGAGAAGUUUCUUGGACCAUCUAGAAGAUGAUGGCGACGGCUUUGUUUCUCCGGUGGAUGAUAGAAUCUCUUCAAAAAGCAGCCAAGAUAUGGGGCUGUCAAAUCUUCAUGCUGCCUCCAUGCCAGAACUUGUAGAACAGCUCCAGGAAGUCAGGGAGGAGAAGAAGAGAAUCAGGAAAAAACUGAGAGAUUUUGAGGACAAUUUCUUCCGGCAAAACGGAAGGAACGUCCAGAAAGAGGACCGGACUCCUAUGGCGGAAGAAUACAACGAAUACAAGCAGGUUAAGGCCAAGCUGAGGCUGCUGGAGGUCCUCAUCAGCAAGAGAGACAUUGGCUCCAAGAUCAUGUAACAAAGGCGCGCUUGACCUUGCCGGUAGAGUUAAGAAGUUGGCCGAGCCAAAGGAAGGAUUGCUUGAAGAACUCAGUGAGGCCCUUGCGCUGCGAGGGCCUUCUUAGCAGCAAUCCCGGGGCUGUGUCUGACAAGGAGGAGGCCCCUGCAUCUUUUCUUCAGACUUGGGGGGCCUCUCCUGCCUCCAGGCUGGUUCACCCAAGCCAGCAGGAGGGGGCUGAGGUGGGUGAUCCACUCAAAAGACUCGCCACCCACCCCACAAGGAAGGGUCCUUCUGCUUUGAUCAGCCUGCGACUUGUGAAAUGCUUAGACUAACGAGAGCCUGAUUUUAUGCCUUCUCCUGCGUGUCAACAAGAGAGAGGUGAACUAGUUUGAGUUAUCAUGAAUCGCCAAAUAAUUGUCUGUAAUUGUCAGACCAAUAAACCACCCAGGUCUGUUCUAACGCGGAGGAGCUUGCAUCCUGGGGUGAUUCUGUGGCUUUGAAAGAAGAGGCGACACCUCCUCCUUGGGAUCUCGCGCUCGAAUGCAACCUCAGCUUGUUGGGGCUGCGACUUUUCUUUCUUUUUAAGGUCGCCCUCAGUUGAAUGUUUCGAAUUGGUGGGAAAGCACUGUGUGCCACCCUUGGCCUUUUUUUAGUGAGUGGAGAGAGACAUUUUCUUAUUCUCCAGCUUCCCCUCCCCGUCCCAAAAAUAAUAUUUCAGACUGGCACUUCUCUUCGAAAAGACGCAGAGGAGAAGAAAAGCUGAGGAAAAUGGGAAACUUGGUAAAAUCUGGUUUAGCAAGUUAGAGGGAGCCCUCAGAGUUGAGGCACAGAUUGCAGCUCUAAUCUCUCCCAUGCGGAGGUGUUUGAAUCUGGGCUGUGGAUUCGAAACUGUGUCCUGAAAAUCCUUGGGACCUUAAUAGAGAUUCCUCAAUAUGAAGGUCCGUAGCAGGCAGACAGGCACGCUACCCUGAAAGAAUCGUGUCCCACAUCAUUCAUUUUCUCCUGCAGUGGUGGUGUCACUCUAUAAUGCACUAUUGGUUCAUGUGGAGUCCUGGUGAGACGCACCAAGUUUUUGCAGUGGUUCAUUGCAGUUGUGCAGAGGUUUCUCAGCAGACAAAUGGGAUGCAGAAAGGGUUUCCCAGGGUUAGAAAGUGUGGGAAACCUCUGAGCAGCCUUUCUUUGCUGCUGCUUUUUAAGGACAGUGUCGGCUUAUGCCAAGGAGCCCUUACAACUGUUUGUUCCCCCCGCCCUCCCGAAAUCUUAAUGGGAUCCAAUGAUAAUGAGGCGGCAACAUUUUCUGUUGAUGUUUGUAGCCGCACCUUGUUGAACGCGACUGUCUUGUUGCUGUACUUUCAAAUAGCUUGUGUUAAAAAUCAUAGGUACAAUGAUGCACUUUAGAGAGACAGAGAAGAGUUUUAUAUUUUUUAAGAAAAUCGAAAACCAAUCGUAAGAAAGCGUAACCAAAACAGUACUUUAAAGAAAGAACAAAUCUUUUGUCUACCUGACUUGUGUGUGUGUGUGUUUUUUAUGCCGUUCUUUUAGUAAGGAAAAAUAAUGUCUAAAACUCAGCUUUAAGAUUCGUCUAGAGAAGCAAGCAGCUAACAGGAAUCAGCAGAAACCUUUCUAAGCACCAGCCCUGGAGCCUUUUUUUUUAAUGAGCACUUGAUAUAAUGAACAAUGUCUGAUCAGAGUUCAUAGAAAUGCUUCCUCUGCUCUGUUGAAUCAAAAACCUGGUGACAAGCAUACUAAAGCCCUAUUAAAUAAAUGCCCCUCUGAAGUGAAUAGCAAUUACUAAGAUUAUCAUAAUCAAAACUGAUGCAAACAUAAAUGUGGUUCCAGAGAAAACUGAGCAACUUAACUCUGUGAACCUUAUGGGAGUGGAGGGCUUUAGACUCGUUUUUAAAAGAGUCACCCAUUUAUGCCGUGUGGAAAACUGCUUUUGAAAUUGAGGGACAUCCCCAAAACAGUUUGUACUAUGGUUUGUGCAGCUGGGCAGAGGCUCAAAAGCAGCCGAAAAUUACAUUAAGCCAAGAGCGAACUGCUUUCAUGAGACCUAAGCAGCUGUUUGAACGUGACUUUUCUUACCAAAAUUGCUGCUUGCUAGAUUUUUUAAAAACAAAAAAAUAAGUGUGAUGUGUCUAUGUUAAGAUCUUUUGGGGGGGACGGGGACGACCGACUGACAUAGUACAAAUGAAUGAGAGUGAAGCAAGGCGCAUGUUUAUAUAUUACAAAAUGCUAAUAUAAAUGAGGUUGAGGUGUUUAUUUUAAAAGCAAAAUGAGAAUGACACGUUAAAUGAAUCACUUAACAAAUAUAAAUGCCUAGAAUUUUUUUUUAUAAAAAAAAGAAGGAAAACUUGUAAUUUGUUCAUGGGUUUACACUUGAACAGUCGAAUCGUUUAGCUUUUUUAUACAUUGAAAUAAAUGUGGAGCAAUGAA